GUUUCUGAUGACGGUGUGAGUGCCGGCAGCUGCCACCUCAGAAGGAAAAUUACAAAGGGAAUACCCACGUAAAUAAUGUAUUGGCUUUCGCAUCGGUAGCCUGCUUGGAAAUGUUCAGCUUAUCAGCCAACGAGACUCCAGUGCUGUGGACAUGGGUUUGAACGAGUUGAUCACCUAGGGGCUGCUCAGAAAGCCGUGCUCUGUCCACCAUGGAGCCCCUCUGUCCACUCCUGCUGGUGGGUGUUAGUUUACCGCUUGCCAGGGCUCUCAAGGGCAACGAGACCACCACCACAGAGAGCAACUGGACCACCACGACAUCAGGCCCCCCGGACCCCGGGGCCUCCCAGCCGCUGCUCAUCUGGCUGCUGCUACCGCUGCUGUUGUUCCUCCUCUUCCUCUUCCUCUUCCUCGCCGCCUACUUCUUCAGGUUCAGGAAGCAGAGGAAAGCCGUGGUCAGCACCAACGACAAGAAGAUGCCCAAUGGGAUAUUGGAGGAACAAGAGCAGCAGCGAGUAAUGCUGCUCAGCAGGUCGCCCUCGGGACCCAAGAAGUUCUUUCCCAUCCCCGUGGGGCACCUGGAGGAGGAGUUCCGUGUCCGGUCGGCUGAUGACUGCAAGCAGUUUCGAGAGGAGUUCAAUUCCCUGCCAUCUGGACACAUACAAGGAACGUUUGAACUGGCAAAUAAAGAAGAAAACAGAGAAAAAAACAGAUAUCCCAACAUCCUUCCCAAUGAUCAUUCCAGGGUGAUUCUGAGCCAAGUGGAUGGAAUUCCCUGUUCAGACUACAUUAAUGCUUCCUACAUAGACGGUUACAAAGAGAAGAAUAAAUUCAUAGCAGCGCAAGGCCCCAAACAGGAAACCGUUAAUGACUUCUGGAGGAUGAUCUGGGAACAAAAGUCUGCGACCAUCGUCAUGUUAACUAACCUGAAAGAAAGAAAAGAGGAAAAGUGCUACCAGUACUGGCCCGACCAGGGCUGCUGGACCUACGGAAACAUCAGGGUGUGUGUGGAAGACUCCGUGGUUUUGGUCGACUACACCAUUCGGAAGUUCUGCAUACAGCCGCAACUCCCUGAUGGCUGCAAAGCUCCCCGGCUGAUCUCGCAGCUGCAUUUCACCAGCUGGCCCGACUUUGGAGUGCCUUUCACCCCCAUUGGGAUGCUGAAGUUUCUCAAGAAAGUGAAGACGCUCAACCCCACGCACGCCGGGCCCAUCGUGGUCCACUGCAGCGCGGGCGUGGGCCGGACUGGCACCUUCAUUGUGAUCGACGCCAUGAUGGACAUGAUGCACAUGGAGCAGAAGGUCGACGUCUUCGAGUUCGUGUCGCGGAUCCGCAAUCAGCGCCCUCAGAUGGUCCAGACGGAUAUGCAAUACACGUUCAUCUACCAAGCCUUACUCGAGUACUACCUCUAUGGGGACACGGAGCUGGACGUGUCCUCCCUGGAGAAGCACCUGCAGACCCUGCAUGGCACCAGCACCCACUUCGACAAGAUCGGUCUGGAGGAGGAGUUCAGGAAACUGACCAAUGUCCGGAUCAUGAAGGAGAACAUGAGAACAGGCAACUUGCCAGCAAACAUGAAGAAGGCUAGGGUCAUCCAGAUCAUCCCGUAUGACUUCAAUCGCGUGAUUCUCUCCAUGAAAAGGGGGCAGGAAUACACAGACUACAUCAAUGCGUCCUUCAUAGAUGGUUACCGGCAGAAGGACUAUUUCAUCGCCACCCAGGGACCCCUGGCGCACACAGUCGAGGACUUCUGGAGGAUGAUCUGGGAGUGGAAGUCCCACACAAUUGUGAUGCUGACUGAGGUGCAGGAGAGAGAACAGGAUAAAUGCUACCAGUAUUGGCCAUCAGAGGGCUCUGUUACUCAUGGAGAAAUAACGAUCGAAAUAAAGAGUGAUACCCUUUCUGAAGCCAUCAGUAUACGAGACUUCCUGGUCACCUUGAAUCAGCCCCUGGCCCGCCAGGAAGAGCAGAUCCGGGUCGUGCGCCAGUUCCACUUCCACGGCUGGCCAGAGAUCGGGAUCCCCGCCGAGGGCAGAGGCAUGAUCGACCUCAUCGCCGCAGUGCAGAAGCAGCAGCAGCAGACAGGCAACCACCCCAUCACGGUGCACUGCAGUGCUGGAGCUGGGCGAACAGGUACAUUCAUAGCCCUCAGCAACAUUUUGGAACGAGUAAAAGCAGAGGGGCUUUUAGAUGUAUUUCAAGCUGUGAAGAGUUUACGACUUCAGAGACCACAUAUGGUGCAAACCCUGGAACAGUAUGAGUUCUGCUACAAAGUGGUACAAGAUUUUAUUGAUAUAUUUUCUGAUUAUGCUAAUUUCAAAUGAAAAUUCCUGCCUUAAAAUAUUUUUUAAUUUAAUGGUCAGUAUAUUUUGUAAAAACCAUGUUAAUUUAUUUCAUAGUUGACAUUAAUAUUCUUCCUAAUUUCGUUGUAUAUAUUUUGUUAUGCCCUAAGGCCAUCUGUUAUAAAGCUAUUAAAUCUUAAAUAUUCUUUUUAAAAAUCAGAAUAAUGUAUUAAGGUCAAAUAAUAUCCCAUAAAAUAUAUAUUUCUGCUAAUAUCAGCAAAUAUCUUUUAAUUUUCCAUUUGAUUCAUGUCAUCUAAUUUCACACAUUCAACACCUCUAAAUGUUAUAAAUCUUAAUAUGCCAAAUGUGCUUAUGCAAGAUACUAAACACAAAGCUCAUUGUUAAGAAAACAGUCAAGGAAUCAGAAGUCGGUUGAAAAUUCACUUUCCUAACACUCAUCUUAUACCCCUGAGCAGCAACAUUUUUGGAAAGCAAACUGUUUGUCAGGAUACAAAAUAGGGACUUUUGUAAAGUCCUCAGUCUCCGCCCAUGUGGUCUAUUUUUACAUUUCAAAGAUCAAAGACUUUACAGCUUGAAUCAGGGUCUAAAACACAUUAAAGCAGUUGGUGACUAUAUAGUAAUGUUUUAAAAUACAUGUAUUCAAGAGUGGGUCUAUACCAUCUUGCUGAACGAAAGGAGAUAUAAAUGCCAGGUCAACCCCUCGGCCCGUGGCCUUGGGUACGGCAAAACCAGACAUUGGAGCUGCACUACAGAACACCACUUGCUGUCCAUCCGUCUGUCUGUCUGAUCAGAGAACCAGUCAGCUUUAUCUCCCACUCUUCCCUUCCAUCCUGCCACAGAGACCUGUGCUGGUCCUGAGUAUGCCUGGAGACUCAACACAAAACCACAUCCUGUCCAAACAUACAAAUAAAGCCAAAUGUCUUACGCACAGAACAGAGGAGCACACACUGGGAUAGAAACAGUGGCAUAACCACACACAAUUAAACGUUAAACUUUCUGAGCAGCAUUUUGGUACUUAAAAUUUUCUUGUAAAAAGCUAAGAUUGUUUGUAAGAAAAGAAACCUUAAAAUCUAGAUUUAUACAGUUUUUAAAAGUCCCACUCCCCCAUGUUUAAUAAAAGAAAGGGAAAUCCUUAAUCUAAAGGCUGACUUAUUUUUGAAUGGAAAUACUCCUGAGACCUUUGACACUGGAAAAUAAGAAUGAUCCCACUGCCAGAUAGAAUUGGCUUAUGGGGCCAAAAAAAGGGCAGGAAGAAUGUAGAAACGUUUCAUUUAAUAAGUUAUCUUUCUAUGGCCAUUAGGUACCUAGCAGAUGAGCAUAAUAUAAGUAAGAAGACAUCUGGUCGACCUUACUAAAAAACAUUUUAUGUGCAUUUUGGUACUUUUUUUUUUUAAAAGAAAUAUAAAGGCCUUACUUGACAUUUUCCCUGGUAACUGGUUGCAAUCUUCUGUUGCAGUGUUUAUCCCCUACUCAUUGAUGAUGUGUGCAAAUCUAACCCCAGGGCACAUUAUUGUUCUAAUAAUAGGAUCACAGGUAAUCAAGCUUCCUGCCUAUUCCACAGCUCCAAGCCCCAUCCAAGGGCAAGAGUUGGUGCCCAGCUGGAAGGACAGAAGCAUACUCUGUGACCACUGUCAUCCCACCAGCUGCAUCCCUGGGCUGCAUGCUGCUGAAUGCAUACCUCUCUCCUUCUCUGCACAGUGAUUAAGCAUUUAGGACAAAGAGGAAAACGAAGGAGCUUUUUGGAGGCUCAUCCUUUGAUCCCCUUUGCUUUCAUUUUGAAAUUCCCAAACCCAAAAGCUUUUCUUUGACUAAAGGAGAUGAGAGAACGACAAGCUUUCUUUUGUUCAGCAUCCAAACACUAGAAACCCUAGAAACUAGAAAGCCUGAUUGUCAGGAUGUAGGUGAUGUCACACUAGUCAUUUAUUUGAGAGUUCAAAGUCAAAGACAAGGAAUAUGGGCUUUGGUCCAAGUCUAGGAGCUCUUAGUCAGAGUUCUAGAAGCCCUUUAAUGGUCUAACUGGCACCUCUUGUAUCAAGAGGUACCUUUAAGGUAGACCUUUUCAGGGUGUCCUCAGGAAAGUGCCCCUGCUUAUGUGUUUUCCCUGCCCCCUUGGGCCAUUCCCAGUGUUCACUGCAGGGGUUCUGCCUGUACUGAAACCUUUGCCAUUCCAGAAACAAAGCAGAUGUCGCUCUCCCUCAGACUCUGGACCCCCUCUUCCCAGACUGGGCAGGACUUUCCCUUCGGAAGGGCCAAUCAUUGCAGCUUUGUGGCCUCUGCCUUGGCCCCAGUCCAAACAAUCUUCUGGCCCUUAGAGCAACUGCAUGCAGAGGGAAUAGAUACCUGGGAGCUCGGUAUCUUCUCUGUGCAACCUGAAAAAUUCAUCUUUUCUUCCUUUCAGUCAAAGAAAGUCUAUUGUACAUAGCAAUACAGUUCCUUUCAGUCCAGUGCUGACAUCACUUUUCCUUUCACAUUAUUCUAUGUUGCAUGCAGUUGCUUUCAAAUGCCAAAUAAUGAUUAGAAGACUACCGUUCUGAUCUAUAUGCGUUCUCGGUCACUGUGUGACUGACUUUACAGUUUCUCUCCAUGUGCUAUACGAAUGAAAAAUGCAUACCAGUGUUUUAAAAGGUAUUUUUAUGUGUUUUUAAAAACUUUUUAAAAUGAGCCUGACACCUGUGUUUCAGCGUUGGAGACAUGCCCAUGUUAUUUUUUUAAAUGGAUGAUUACUGAUACUUUUUUGUCUGUUUGUUUAACUAAGUUGUGUUUAAUUUAUGUGCGAUCUUUAUAAUAUAUGUACUACAGUUUCAACUGUCACAUUUUCUUUCGUUACACUUAUCAUUUGAUCUUGCUCUGAUUAUAACGCCAGUGAAUGUUGCUGAAUUCUUUGUAUAUGCAAAUUGCAAGAUCUAAACCAUUCUGAGGCAAGGAUAAACCUUUACUUUGACUAUCA